UUUUUUAGAUUUCUUCUUCAUAGAAUUUGUUUUUCUUUGUGAUUUUCUUUUACAUUUCAUCGGUAGUUUAGUUCUAAUUUCUCUUUUUUAUUUUAUUUUUUUCUUUUCGUUUCAUGGUCGCACAAAGAAGAAUUCGUUAAUUCUUCUAGUGAAAUCUAAUUAUGUGAAGAAAUAGGACGAAGAUGAGUUUGCAAGGCAUAAAGCUAGUAACUUUUGAUGCUACAAAUACUUUGCUGAAGUUCAGGAUACCGCCCUGGCACUUUUACACUAUCGUGGCCCGUGACCAUGGGUUCAAAGGAUCGCCAGAUGACGUCAAAACAAAAAUGAAGGACAGUUUUAAAUUGAUGUGGGAAAAACAUCCAAACUUCGGUAAGGACACUAUAACCUGGGAAGGGUGGUGGAGGCAGCUUGUGAAACUAACGCUGAAAGAUCACCUUCCAGCGAGCGCCGAUGUGGCUACUCUAGCAGACACUCUCAUUAAUGAGUUCAAAACCAAGAGGUGCUGGUGCAUAGCCGACGGCGGAGAUAACAUCAUAUGCUCGCUGCGUAAACAAGGUGUGUCUGUUGGGAUCAUAUCAAACUUUGAUCCCCGUCUAGAUGACAUUCUGAAAAACCUUAAUUUACAUGAUGUUUUUGAAUUUAUUUUAACAUCAUACAAAAGCGGCUUCAGCAAACCAGAUAAAAGAAUAUUUGAAUAUGCUUUGAAGCUUUGUAAGCAGCCUGUGGAGCCAAAUGAAGCUUUACAUAUCGGAGAUGAUCUUCAGAAGGAUUAUGAGGGUGCAAGAUCAGCAGGCUGGCAUGCUCUGCUGGUGACCACUAACUUACCUGAGAAACCACCAGCUAAGGAUCAUGUGUUCAACAAUUUAGAACAAUUAAGCUUAGCGAUAGAACAAAAAAAUCUUAAGCUAUGAACUAGAUUCUAAUCUCACUUCAGCCUGUUACCACCUUGCACUAGUUCACCUUCAUACCUGUGUUUAAAAUCAAUCCUAAAACUCAUUCUACAUAUAUAAUAACAUGUUAACUUAGCUAGUCAAAUGUUUAUGUUACCAAAUUAUAGUAAAUAUUGGUUAUAUCUUAUUUUUAUUUUGUCACAUAAUAAAGAUCAAGUCUUGUAAAUCUUACUAGGAGAUGAUUUUAAUCUUGAUCUUCCUUAGCACAAUUGAAUCACAACUUAGAAUUUAAGUAGGAUCUCUUUAAAUUGAUACCACUAAGACUAAGAUCUACAUGGAAAAUUUCCAAUUGACUUUCAGUUCAACAUGAUUCUUUGUUCAGAAGCCAUUUAUUGAUCAUUUAGAAAUAUUAGUAUGGACAUUUUUUUAUUAAAUCUUGUGAAAAAUUUAGCACUCGACUGUACCAAAAAAAA